CUUAUAGUAUCCCCGCACCAGAAGUCACAGCGCAUCGAGCGCCAGCAGCUCAGGCGCGGGCUCGAUGGCAACGAUUGCGCGGCCUUUCGACUGUCCGCGGUUGCCAGUCCGGCACAAUGGCCUAGCCGCCACUGCAUGCGCGCCAGCGCGUAUGAAGCCUGGUGUCGGAAGUGCCUCGGGCGUUCGGGCGCAGGCCGGAGCGUCGGUCCCUGCGCCGCGAUCGCCAUCCCGCCCGCGCCCAGCUCGGCGGAAGCCCGCGCCGCCGCACCCAGCAGCGGAUGGCUCGGUAGCGCCACAGCAUUCGAAGGCAACGCCUGCAGCGAAGGCAAGCAGCUCAGCCCCGCCUGCAGCGGGUGCCGUUGCCACAGAGGCAUCACCGCCCCUCCCUUUGCAGCAGCUACCCCCAGUGGUCGCGUCGCCAUCUGCAGGACCAGCUGCUGAUACUGCAGCAGAUGAGGCGAAACCGCACACCACCGGUAGCACCAGCGGCGGCGGCGAAGUGGCGCUUGAGGCUGCUACGGCGCCCCCGGCGGCGCGGCGGCGCAGCCGGAGCAAGACUGCAACGACGCCAAGCAGCAGCAGCGGCACUGCCGCUGCCGCCAAAGGCAGCACUGGCGGCGGCAGUUGCAGUGGCAGUAGCAGCACCGCCGCCGCGAGCAGUGGCACCAGCAGCCGCGUCAGCCGCAACAGCCGCACCACAAGGGCGGCCGCCACCGCCACCACCCCUACCGCCAUCACUAGGGCCAUCACUGGGACCACCGCCACGGAGACUUCCACAGACUCCGCCACGGCCGUCGCAGCUCCGCCCAAGCAGCGAGCCACGGCCACCAGCCGCAAAAGCCGUAGCACCAGCAGCAGCACCAGCAGCCCCGACGACGGCAGUAGCAGCACCGGUGGCAGCAGUAGCGCCACCAGCACCACCAAGGCCCGCAAGGUCCCCAAAACCCCAAAGGCCACCAAAGCGAAACCCAAGGCUGAGGCGCACCAGGCCACAGCCACCCCCCGGCUGGAGGCGAUCUGGGCGCCGGCCGCCGCACACGCCCACCGCGCCGCCCGGCUUCUGGCGAGCACCUGCCCCUGGCUGCUCACGCCGGCAGAGGUGGCGGUGGCGGCGGCGGUGGCAGAGGUGGCUGAGGCGGCGGCGGCAGCGGAACACGCCGGCACUGCUGCGGCUAGUGCUGGUGCGGCUACUGUGCAGCACCCGCAAUCCGCGGCGGCGGCGGCGGCGGCGGUGGGUCGCCGCUGGGAGGCUGUGGAGCCCCUCGCGCCGGUCGUGGUGUCGGCGGCGGGUGCCGCUGACGGAAACGGGGACGGGUUCGAGGUGGAGCGGACGAUGUACAGUGCGGCUGUCCUCGUGACGGAAGCCAGUGGCGGCAGUAGCAACGGCACCGCCGGCGGCAGUAGCACUGUGCGGUUGGCGCCUGGUAGCCUUGUGCUACUGCCGCCCGGCACGCCCAGCAGUACCCAGCAGCACCGGGGUGGCGGGCGGCGGCGCGGGUGGUGGGCGGCGGUGGUGCAGUGCAUCUACAGCGAGAGGCGGCGUCGGGCGGCGUCGGUCGCGUUGGGCAGCGUGGGUGCUCCGGACUGCGGCGGUGAAGGGCCGUGUGGCGAAUGGGAGGAGGCGUCUGAGCCGCGCGUGCAGCUGCGGCCCCUGGUUCACGGCCGCGACACGCUGCUGCGCCACGACCUGUCCGCCCCCCUGGAGCUGUACCUCCUGGACCUCGGCACAGACCACCAGGCGGAGGCGGAGGACGCAGCGGCAGCAGCAGCAGCAGCAGAGGAGGAGGAGGCAGGCCUGAUGUGCGGCGGCAGUAGCAGCAGCGGGAUCAGAAGAAGCGGCAGCAGUAGCGGCGGGGUGCUGCUGGAGGAGUUGGAGCUGAACGGUCCGGAGCUGGCGGCGGCGGGGGUGCGGGUGCUGGGGCUGGACUACCUCGGGGGUGGAGGCGGGGGCGGAGGCGACACCAUUGCGGCUGCGCAGGCUGACAUAGAGCGUGCGGCGGCGGACGACGCACGUGCGGCCGCGGGCCAGCCGCCCGUGUUCGUGCUGCGGCACGUGUACUGUCCCCUGCGUGGCAUGUUCAGGGGGCUGAGGGGCGGCAGCAGCAGCAGCAGCAGCAGCAGCAGCAGUAGCAGCAGUAGCAGUGGUAGUAGCAGUGGCGGCGUUGGACUGCAGCGGCUUGUCCGGGGGGAGCUGGCGCUGGGAAGCUACGUGCCGCCGCGGCGGCAGCCCGGGGGGCUCGGCCCGCAGCUGCUGUGGCACGACGCGCCGCCGUCACCCGCACCUGCAGCAGCGGGCGGCGCCGGCGCUGCAGGAGUGGCUGGGGCGGGGCCGGGGCUGGGGCCGGCGGCUGUGACGGCGACGGGCUUCGUCAAGGACGGCGUGGAGUACCGGGUGGGUGACUUCAUGUAUGUGUGCUGGGACGCGGCGGAGCCACCUGCAGCCCGGAAGCGGCGGCCCCCCCCCAGUGGCGCUGGCGGCGGGGGCAGCGGUGCGAUGGCGUCUGCCGAGGCGUCUGCGACGGAAGAGGAGACAGAGGCGGAGGCCUAUGAGGCCGAGGCGUCUGAGGAGGAGGAGCUGGAGGAAGUCGAGGACGGGGGCGAGUACGAGGACGAGGAGGACGAGGAGGAGGAGGAGGGCGAGGGCGAGGCCAACAGCACCUCUUCCAGGCGGCCGAGUGGCAGCAGCGGCAGCGGCAGUAGCAGCAUCAGUAGCAGCAGUGGUGGCUCCGCGACCACCAGCCUGGCGGCCUCGGCCUCCGCGGCUUGGCUCAAGAAGUCAGGGAAGCCCAAGGGCAGUCUGGAGCACGUGAGGGCGUGGGGCGUGGUGCAGCUGGCCGGGGUGACGGCGGCGGCUGGUGCUGCAGAGGGCUCGGCGGGCAGCGCACUGGCGGCGGGUGUGGCGCUGCAGGUCAUCCGGAUGCACCGGCCCGAGGACAUCAGUCGCGAGCUGGCGCACUCGGCCGGGAGCUGGUGGGAGCUGUACGCACCCGCACACACACACGCCGCUGGUGCUGGUGCUAGCGCUGGCGCCGGUGCAGGCGCAGCAGCCGCUGCAGCCGCCUCGGGCGACAGGGCCCCACCACUCGACUUGCUGUCUUUGCCGCUGAGUGCAGUGCGUGGCCGCUGCUCCGUCCGCCUGCCGGCGUCAGGUUCGGCGGGUGCUACUGCAGCUGCAGCAGCCGUGAGCGGCAGCAGCAUCAGUGGCUGGCAGCAGCAGGCGCCGCGGCAGCAGCACGUGUGGCAGGUGGUGGGAGCAUACGACCCCUCCACGGGGCAGGUGGGGCCGCCGCCGGCCUCUCUUGAGCAGGCCGGGCUACUGCCGCCACCGCCACCGCCACCGGCACCUGCUGCUACAGCCGGCGGCCGUGUUCGUGCAGGCCCGCUGCCGCCGCCGCCACCGCCUCAGCAGCAGCCGCCUCUGGUGGCCAUGGACAUAUUCGCGGGGGCGGGCGGCCUGAGCCUGGGCCUACACCAGUCUGGUGUGGCGGACACGCGCUAUGCGGUGGAGUUCGACACGGCUGCUGCCGCCGCCUUCCGCGCCAACCACCCGGGCGUGGCCGUGCACCGCCUGGACUGUAGCGUAAUGCUCACGGCCGCGAUGGUGCAGGCGGGCGCACGUGACAACUGCGUGGCGGCGCCCGAGGUGAUGGCGGAGGCGGAGGCGCUGCUGCAGCGGCAGCAGCAGCAGCAGCAAGGGCAGCAGCAGGGGCAGCAGGAGGAGGGGCAGCCGCCUCCGGAGGCGCUGCCGGGCCCAGGUGCUGUAGAUCUGCUGGUGGGCGGGCCGCCGUGCCAGGGCUUCAGCGGCAUGAACCGAGACAACGGCUCGGAGGGCUCCGUGCUCAAGAAGAGCAUGAUCAAGGCGUACCUGUCUUACGCAGACUUCCUCAGGCCCCGCUACUUCCUGCUUGAGAACGUGCGCAACUUCGCCGCCCACGAGGGCGGCCGCUACUUCCGACUGGCGCUGAGGAGCCUGCUGGACAUGGGGUACCAGGUGCGGGUGGGCGUGCUGAACGCCGCGCACCACGGCGUGCCGCAGUCCCGCUCCCGCACCUUCAUCUGGGCGGCGCUGCCGGGCGAGCGCCUGCCGCACUGGCCACAGCCGCUGCACGCCUUCGACCACACCAUGCUCAGCCUGCCCGUGCCGGUGCCGGCCUGGGUGCUGGAGCACCCCGACUGCGUCGCCGCGCUCCAGCGCGACAACGCGAAUGUGACGGUGCAGGACCGGGGUGGCCGGGGUGAUGGCGGCGGUGAGGGGGUCGCGACGCUGCGGUAUUGGGCGGCGUCGCCGGCGGCGGGCGGCGCGCCGCUGCGGCCGGUGACGGUGUGGGACGCGGUGAGCGACCUGGCGCCGGUGGACAACGCCGACGGCAAUGACUGGAGGCGUGUGGCGCCCUACGGCAGUGCCCCCCAGACGCCCUUCCAGCGGGCCAUCCGCGGGGCGGGCGUUGGUGUCGACGUGGAGGCGGCGCUGGGAGAGGGAGCAGGAGGCAGCGAUGGCGGCGGCGGGGUGGCCGGGGCGGUGUCGGUGGCACUUGAUGAGUCGGCGGCGUCGGCGGCUCUGGUGUCGGACCACGUGCCGAAACGCAUGCAGCGCGAGAACUACACCCGGUGCACGCACAUACCCAAGGACACCCCGGGCGCGGACUGGCACUCGUUGUACGACGUGGUGGCGGCUGACCCCUCCCUGGAGCUCAUACACAUGCCCGGCGGCAAGACCAAGCCGCUGGUGCCCAACCUGUGGAAAUCCGCGGACCGCCACAACGGCUGGAAAGGACUGUACGGCAGGCUGCCGCGUUGGGGCUGCUUCCCCACCGUGAUCACGGAGCCCAGCCCCAGCGGGAAGGUGGGCCAGGUGUUCCACCCGCUGCAGGACCGCAUUAUGACCGUGCGCGAGUACGCCCGGGCGCAGGGCUUCCCGGACUCCUACGUCUUCUCCGGCAAGGUCAAGGCGCGCUACUGCCAAGUCGGCAACGCGGUCGCGCCGCCCGUGGGGUUGGCGCUGGGGCGGCAGCUGGCGCAGGCGGUGGCCGCAGCAGACCGGGAGCGGAGGCAGCUGCCGGAGGGGGAGGGGAAGGUGGCGGAGCAGCCGCCGGGGGUGUCGGUGGUGGAGGCGGUAGAGGCGGCGGCGGAGGCGGUAGAGGCGACGUAGUGGGGAUCAAGGCAUCAAGUUGAGCCGGGCAUCCAACAGUUGGUUGCAGUCGAGGCUCAUUCACACAUAACUACACUGCGGAUUGGGUAAUUGGGUUGGACCAUUCGGGGAUCGCUUCCCCGAUUCUGCCGCGUUACCACUCAGCUCCCCGGCCUGGCCGUCCUGGCACAGCCACAAUCGCCUGACCCUAUAUUUGGAAGAUAGGGCUGUUGUCAAGCUACUCUUCUUGUAACUUUGCAACCAAGUAUGCUACAUUAUGAUGAACCGACCAUCUAUGUUCAGC